AUGCGCGCGUUGUCGGGGCUGACGCCCGCGCUGUCGCGGCGCCUGCAGCGGCAGUUGCUGGCCCACCUGCCGGCCGCCGCCGCGCGCCAGCUGCGCCGCACGCUGUCGCUGCACGCGCCCGCGCCGCCCGCCGCGCCCGUCUCCGCCCAGCCCGCGCGCUCGCUCUCCGUCGACCACGACCAGCCGCCCGCACCCGCAGAACCAUGCGACGCCGUCGCGACCCCCACUCCGCCGAAAGCUUCCACGCCACCCGCGGCGCCCACGCCCCCUGGGGUCCGCGAACCGACUACUCCUAUUGAAGAGCCUCUGCCGACCACUGACCAUCAGAACAUCGUUAAAGAAACUAAAGAGGAAAGUCUGAUGGACGUCGCUGCACCUCAGUUUUCAACACUUCCCCGGCCGCGAAGACGGUCUAGCUCGCGAGAGGUGACUCCGAUCCUAGCUGCGGUGGACGUGGAGUGUCCUUCGCCUAAUUCACUCAUCCGAGAGCCCAUCGUCUCGCGACCUCGCGAGCGACCACUACUCAGUAAAUACUUGACUCCGGAGCGAACAUUUUCAUUAGAUGAGUCAUACGGGUCGGAUGGCGGCAGUGGCACUUCGGAGCCUAACUACACUUCAUCGUACGGCAACACGGCGGCCGGAGCUGCGGGCGUGGGGCUGCGGCGACACUCAUUGCGUGCGGGUAGCGGUGACCAACCACGCCGUCGCGUUUCGAGGUUCCUUCGUUCAGACUUCUUUGACUCUCCACCAGACGAAAAUCUUUACGAGCGCCAUCGAAAAGAAAGAGAAUUGGAAACUCAAAAAAUCUUACGAGAGAUUAGAGAAAAAAGAAACAAAUCGCAAGAAGCAGCGGCUGCAAAAAGUCCCACUGACAUAGCCGACGCCCCACCAGCAUUCAGGGACGAUGUCAUUCCUCCUAAAAAGUCUCUGUCGCCUAUUGGGAUUGUUACUAGUAAGGAGCGUAGUAGGUCAAACACUCCGUUUUUCCCAAUGCUCGAUAACAUCAAAGAAACCGCUGUGGAUUCGUCCGCAUCGACGUCGAACUCAAAACGAUACACUAGUUUGGAGAGCGCACGACAAAAAUCUGUUAUUGAUGAAAACUCAAGUAAAGAUUCCAGGUUAAUCCGACCCAAGAGCUAUCCCGUAAAGACUUUAGAUUCUAUAGAUGAACCCAGUGAAAAUGUACUACCUGAAACUUCAUUUAGCAGAGAUUAUGAUAGUAAAGAGAGGUCCUUGCCGAGGGAGUCAAAAUUAAUAAGACCAAAAAGUUACCCUGCAAGUAGUCCGUCGCCUGAAAAAGUUUAUAUUAGUCGUAAUGUUAAGAAAGAAGAUUCUAAAGAAACUUCGCCAAAAGACGAGCCCGUUAAUCCCGAAAUCAAGUCCGAUGUAGAAGUAAGCUUCAGUAUUACUUUGCCUAGGAAAAAGCCUGAGGCAAUGACAAAACCUGACCCAGUGAAAAAUGAUGUAAAGUUGGAAAAUAAUGCCGAAUUUAAAUCGGAAACAGAAUCUAAGCCUAGUGACGCUACUUUGUCUUUGAAAAAGUAUAGUAUAAUCAAAAAUAGAGAAAAUGAUAAGUCUGAAGCGCCAGAAGUGAAAGUAGAAAACAGUAUAAUAGUUCCCAAUGGUGGACCAUCGGUUGAUGUAACGAAAGUUACUUCCAACGGGGACGCUAAACAUACGACAACUGAUCAGUCGACGAAAAAGGAUGAAUUAGUUACAAAAACAGGUGACACCGAACAACCCGAAAAGAAAGUAACGGUUAAGAAAAAGAUCAUUAGGAAAGUUUCAUCGAAAUCUAAGACUGACAUGGGAACCAACCAAGAUACGAGUGAUGCUAAAGUGACUUCGGAAAAGAAGAAAGUCACUAAAAAAGUAAAAGAAAAGGUUGCCGAUGACGAUGCUACGAAAUCGACAACAGUCACAAAAAAGAAAUCAGUUUUGCAAUCGAUAGGUCAUAAGUUAGAAAAGUUUGCGUCUAAUAAAUCUAGCUCACCUGAAAAGAGCGCUGAAAAUAAUACAAGGAAUGAAACGAAAAAAGAUAAUUCCAAGUUAAGCAGAUUGCAACGAGAGCAAUCUGUGCCAGUCAAUGUGGAGCCUACGACCGAGUCAAAUCUUAUUAAAAGAGCUGUCACUCUGACUGAUGUUGCCGCUUUAGAAACACAGAAUACACCUCCAACCAAAACUACAGUUUCCAAAGUAUUAGGACUAUUUAAAAAGUUUGAGCCCAAGGAAAGAUCAAAACCAGUUGUUGAAAAAGUACUGUCAGAAAGUGUUGAACCCCAGACUGAAACUAAUGGGAAUACUGAAUCCAACACUGCUGAGUCAAAUGAGGACAGUCUGGAUAAAGACAAACCUCGCAGACCAACCUCCCUGCUUCUAAAUGGAGUCGGAAGCAAAAGUAAAUAUGGUAGAACGUCUAGUGACAGCGUCUCCACGUUAACCACGGACAACGAUAGUAAUCGAUCUGUGUCCAAAAAGGAAAACGAAUCCAAGUCCAAUAUAAGAAACAGUUUAAAAUUAGAUUUCUCUAGGUUGCCAAGAGUUAAGAAAAUAGUUCCUACUAAUCCUGUGAUAGAACCUCAAAUUAUGAAUAUUUCCUCUGUUGACGGUGAGACUGAAAAGAAAGAUAUUCCAGAAAAGAAUGCCAUACUAGUAGACAGUAGCUUAAAUACUGAUUACAAUGAAUCACAGAGUCGCAGCCGGUCGAGAAGUAGGUCAACUAUUUCAAACUCCGAGUUAAAGUCUGACGUUAGUGCUGAUAAUAAAUUACCAGAUAGAACCCUGUCACCCUCAGAACACGCCACAGUACAUCUACGAAGUCACGAUUCCACUACGCCGGAAAAAGAAGACAUUGUCGACAGAAUACGUAGGAAAAGCUUUUAUUCUAGAUUCAACGAAAAGAAGCAGCGAAGAAAAAGUAGUUUAGUAGGCCCUGGAGCAACUGAGUACGAUCCGGUUGCUAGAAUACACGCUCAACCGACUGACACUAAAUACGACGUGUCGCCGACAUCACCACUUACCUACGACUUGUCUCCAAUAUCCCCAGGGCUUUCCGUCUCGUCUGACUUGUCGCCGUCCACGGAACGCUAUAGAUCUCUUUUAACUGACCUGCCUGUUAACACCAGAAGUAACAUAAGGUUUGAAAACUAUGGACUGAAUGAUAAAAUUGAUACUUAUAGAUCUCUCGAUCGCAACGACUUUAGGAAAUAUCCGGGAAGCAGAAGUUAUCUAGAUUACGAUCAACCGUCCUCAUACACUGCAAACAGGUACUCGAGAACGAAAUCACUUUUGGACAGCUGCGAUGCAGCGGAGGAUAACAGCCUCGUUAACUCAUUGAGAGAUCCGCACAAAUACAACAGAACCAUAUCAAUGUAUUCACCUGGUAACUAUGCUACUUAUAGACCGAAGAGAACCACUCGCAAUUCUGCCAUUAUUUUGAAAGAGAGUGAAAAAGAACCGAGCCCGGAAAAUAUAUUGGAAAAAAUAAGGCAAAGAAAAAAAAUAUCAAUCAGCGUGACAAGGAAACCCGACACUGAGAAGGAAACACUGCCAAGAUCCAAUAUCUCACCGAAAGGCGACCGCGAAGGCGACGGUGCAGAAUGCUCUGAGAAAGUUGACUGAGAGGAAUUAUUGAUUGUGCAGGAUGCAAAUUCAUUUUGUGAUUUAUAUAAGCAUUUUUGACAAUUAACUACAAACUUAUUGCGAGGACACUGUAGGUGUAGGCGUAUCUGAUGGAACUUGAUGCUUUCAUUGUUUUUGUUAUAACUUAUUUACAAUAUCAUUAGUCUUAUUAGUGAUGAUCUAAUUGGGGCUGUAUCGAUAAUUUUGCCAAACGUAGUUUAUACUCACGUACUCUAGAUUUCGUGUAAAUUAAUAGAAUCUCAUCACCGACAGAAGACUGUCUUUAGUGGCAAAUUUAGAUAAUAUUGCAAUGAAUCUCUCACAGACUUCAUAAAAUAAGUCAUGCAACAAUAAAAGUGUAUUUUGAGCAUUUCCGAAUCCAAGGCGUAUCAGAGUAUCAAAUCAAAAUAAUUAUAAAUAAUGUGUAGAUAGUGUCACACAGAUUCAUCAAAUUAUAUGAGAUUGUAUUUAUAAAUCAAUUUUAUAUGUAUUAUUGUAUAUCAACUUUGUUGGCUUUCUCUAAAGCGCGGUGCUCGACAGCCGCAUAUUUGAUACGGCUUUCCAAGCUGAACCCAUUUUGUUACUGUUAAAAUAUGCGAUUGACUAUAGAAGUAUAAUAAUAUAUUUUGCAAGAGUGAACUUUUUGUUAAGUGUUUAUUGUAAAUUUAUUCUUAUGUGCCUUUAUAAAACAUAAGUGACUGGAUUUGAUAUAGUCCAUUUUAUUGAAAUAUAUAAAAUGACACAAAUUUUAGAGUGUGUUUGCACAAAUACGUUUUACUCAACAUUAUUAACUAUAUUUUUUCUUAGUUACUAUCAAUUUACAUUUUUUAUGUGACCCUAAGUCAAUUUAAGUUUAAAUAUUUAUCAUAAUCAUUAUAGUAUUGGAUGCUAAGUCACGACGUAACAGUUAUCGAAUAGAAUGGUGCUUAGACGAUUUCAUUAGGGAUAACUAUGUAUAGUCCGGACGUGUUAUAGACUCACACAAACGUGUAUAUUUUUAGCAAUAGUGUUUUCAGUUUUAAAUGUAUUGUUAUAAAGUCGCUGCCGUUUGUUCCACUCGACUAGUAUUGUACAUGACGCGGCGGUGGAGCGCAACUCGUUUGUCAUAAUUCAUUUGCUGAAAGGAGUGACUAGUUACAGUGGUGUUAUAAAAGCAAUAAUUUUACGCAAAUCCGUUCAUCUUUGUAAUUUCGAAUCUAUUUAUUAUUUUUAUUAGAAUUGAAAAUUAUUUAUUGGUGUGUGAUGAUUUUUAAUAUUUCUCUUUAGACAUAGUUACCGCGGUGACAUAGGAACUGUGAUUCUUGAGAUGGAUAUUAAAUUUGCUAUCA